UAUAUGUCAUUCAAAAGAUCAACAAACAAACAUGACAGGUCACACAGGUGGAAAUAAAAAUUAUCAAAACGUCAGUGAUUUUUCUUUUUUCUCUAAACUUUGUAAAUUUUAAUAUUCCGGUUGAAUCAUAACUUGAUCGUUCAAUCAAUUAGUGAUAAGGCACUUUUGCAAAACUAUUUCUUGCCAGUUUCAAUUCAACCAAAGUGUAAUAAUGGAUCAAUAAGCCAGGCAUUUGCUUAUGUAAAAGCAAAAAUGAAUAAAAAAAUUUGCCCCCAUAUGGGGGACUCCAUCCAAGACCCAAGCGACAUCUUCAGCACAUUAAGUUUAAAACCAGAAAUAAAGUGUACAGAUUGUGAUUGCUCAGGCCCUAACCUGUGGCUGUGCUUGAAGAAUAAUUGUGGGCAUAUCGGAUGUGCUGAAAAAUCAAAUGAUCACAGCACUCAACAUAAUGCUGAAGACCUCAGUCAUUGUAUUCACAUGAAUUUAUCAACUAGACGGCUGUGGUGCUACGAUUGCAAAGGCGAAGUAUUUUUGAAUACAAAAAAUUUAGUGAAUGGCUACGAAAGCGAUCAGGACGACAACCUAAAUAAGGAUUCCGGACACGGUAGUUUUUCUACCUUAAGAGCCAAUAGUCCUGAAAGAGGUGCAAUUUUCGAAAACAGCGUAGGCCUCAACGUGGGUAUGAGCGGCGAUGGAGAUGGUUCUGACUCGAGUGAUAUUGGAGAUAUUGUUGACUAUUCUAUGGAGAACGGCAAUAAAGGUUUGGUGGGACUUCAAAAUAUUGGAAAUACUUGCUACAUGAACGCAGCCCUGCAAGCUCUUAGCAAUACUGAGCCUCUCACCAGUUAUUUUGUGGACUGUGCCAAUAUAGUUCACAUAUUGUCAGAAGGCAAAAAACCGGGCCUCAGUCGAACUUAUCAGGCCCUCAUCAAAGAUAUGUGGGUCAAGAAAAAUACCCAAGGCUUCGUGACACCCUCUGGGAUUCUAUAUGGCAUCAGAAAUGUUCACUCGAUGUUUCGAGGCUAUCACCAGCACGAUACUCAAGAAUUUUUACGGAAUUUUAUGGAUCAGUUGCACGAGGAACUUAAACAACCUGAAAUGUUCACUUCGAACGAUUCUGAUACUUUCAGCCGCACUUAUCAAUCUUUCAAAAAAAAAUUAUUGAUUCCAUUUAGUCUUGCCAUGGAAGAAAUCCAAAGUUCCAGCCUAAACUACGAUUCGUCAGAGGGUGAAUACGAAACUUGCGAUUCAGGCGUGAGUGAACGAUCUUCUUUAAGCGACGACUCCGAGGUGCGGCAAGUUCGAAUAUCGCCAACGACGGGCAGCUUGGCUAGUAAACGGAGGCUGAGCAGAUGUCAGAGCCCUAACAGACGCCAAAGACAAAGGGUGGCUAGUCAAAACGUUAUCGAUUCUCAACCGAUAAGCUCAAACCAAAACAACUUCAAAAAACAAAUCAAGUAUCGGUCGAUUAUAUCGGAUAUAUUCGAUGGUAAACUUUUGAGUUCGGUGCAAUGUCUGACGUGUGACAGGGUGUCUAGUCGCGUAGAAACAUUCCAAGAUUUAUCACUACCCAUUCCUUCGAGAGAUCAUUUGAUUGUUUUGCAUGGACGUACUGUCUUACCUAAUGCCUCAUGUUCUGAUGUAUUGUUACCUGUUCAAGACGGUUGGAUUUCAUGGUUUUUAGCUUGGAUACGGUCUUGGUGGUACGGGCCGAUGGUAACUCUGCAUGAUUGCUUAUCAGCAUUUUUUAGUACUGAUGAAUUAAAAGGGGACAACAUGUAUAGCUGUGAAAAAUGUAAUAAGUUGAGGAACGGUAUUAAGUUUAGCAAAGUGUUACAAUUGCCAGAAGUGCUUUGCAUACAUUUGAAACGAUUCAGGCACGAGUUGAUGUACAGUAGCAAAAUUUCAUCAGCUGUUAGUUUUCCGUUGAAAGGACUCGAUAUGUGGCCUUAUUUACAUGCCAACAACACUUCAAAGGUUUCAAAUUAUGAGUUAUUUUCCGUCAUUUGUCAUCACGGCACAGCUGGAGGUGGACAUUACACCAGCUUUGCGGUAAACGGUAGCCAGUGGUACGAAUUUGACGACCAGUGUGUGACUAAAGUGCCAGCGGAAAGAGUACAAAAUUGCGAGGCUUACGUUUUGUUUUAUAGGAAAAAUCAAAGCAGUGCGGAAGCAGUCAGACAUAAAGUCACUAAAAUGGCUGAGGAGGCUGAACGGAAAGGGAGUGAACUUAAAAUGAUACAUAUAUCCAGACAAUGGAUGAACAGAUUCUAUCACAACGUAGAACCAGGUCCAAUCGAUAACUCGGACUUUUUAUGCCAGCACGGUGCGUUCGAUCCAGAAAAAGAGUUGAUUCUAGAGCACUUAUCCCUUGAAGUUCCUCUAGAAGCUUACGAUUACCUUCACAAACGGUUCGGAGGUUGUCCACCAAUUGCAAAUCCAGUAAUCUGCCCUGCUUGUUCGGCUUUACAGCAACGGAUAAUGAACGAAAUGGAAUCGUUUUUGGAGGUUAGUCGUAAAACUCAAGCAGAGGGUUGGCCUCACACUCACUACCUGUCCACUUCUUGGUACCUACAAUGGCACGCCUUCGUCCAAAAAAAAAGUUCGGAACCACCAGGUCCUAUAGAUAAUACGAAAAUUGAUUCAAAAAAUAUCGAUACGGAUGAAGCCGCUGAGGUGCCGGAAUCAAUUUGGGAGUUUUUCCAUAAUAUCUAUGGUGGUGGUCCAACUAUUUAUAUUGAACCCGAGGCUGAAAAUGAAACAAUAAAUACAACUAUGAGUCAGCAAAGUCCAAUGAUGGCUAAUGAGAAAGGAGAUGCACCGCUUGAAUCACUUGUCAGUGAGAAUGUGCUUUGUAAUGGUGUAAAUGAGGAUUCGAUUGAAGUAAUGGAUACUGGAGUGUCUAGUGAAGUAAUCAACAGUCAAUCAGUGGACAUAAACCAAAAAGAACCGGAAAAAGGGGAAGGACGAAAGACUGAGGGUAAAAGUGAGCAUGUUAAUGGUGCUAAGUCGAAAAAUACCAAAAAAGGAAAUCGCUAUCGUAGGCGAAAUCACUGAAAUGCCAAAAAAAAACAAAAACGAUUCAGAGUAGAUUUAUCUAGCAUGAAUUUAUAAACUGCAGAAAAUAUGUUUACAAUAAUUUCUAAUCACAGGAGAAAAUAAAACGUUUCGAGAGGUGUCUUUAUUAUAUUAUGUUGUAUUUAAUUGUUAUAUUUGUGUGACUUGCAGGGGUACAAAAUAAUGUAUGAUAGAUGAUGAAACAUAA